UAUAAGUCAGAGAAAACACACAUUUACAUACUUCUGAGCUUAGCUGUUUGCUGUUCUCUAUGGACCAUCACUCCUUAAAACGCCCAUAAUUCUUUGUCCCCAUUUCCCUUUUCUUUUCCGAACCCGCACUAUCUAUCUAUCUCUCUUUUCAAACACACUCACACACUCAGAAGAAGAAGCAAAUCAAAUCAAACACCAAAAAGAAAAGAAAAGAACAGAAAUAAUCUAUAUAUAGAGAGAGACAAACUGACAAAGAGUGAUAUGAAGAUCCAGUGUGAUGUGUGUCACAAAGUGGAGGCCUCUUUCUUCUGUCCCUCGGAUGAAGGAGCUCUAUGCCAUGGCUGUGAUCGCACAAUACACUGUGCCAACAAGGUUGCAACCAAACACACGCGCUUCUCUCUGCACCACCCUAACUCCAAAGACGCCCCUCUGUGUGAUAUCUGCCAAGAGAGACGUGCAUAUAUAUUUUGCCAAGAAGACAGAGCGAUAUUAUGCAGUGAAUGUGACGUUUCUAUCCAUGGAGCCAAUGAAUACACUAAGAAGCAUAACAGGUUUCUUCUGACAGGUGUAAAGCUUGGUGCUGCUUCUUCUUCUUCUUCAUCAGAGCCAACAUCAAUGUCCUCGAGUAGAGCCACAACAAGCUCUGAAGCAGCAAAUAACCAGAAUAAUAAUAAUUAUUAUAUGGGUAGUGACACGGGUUCAGUUUCAACAAGCAGCAUUUCUGAGUAUUUGAUUGAGACCAUACCCGGUUACUGCAUGGAAGACCUUCUCGAUGCUUCAUUUCCGCCAAAUGGUUUCUGUAAGGAGUAUGAGCAGCAAUCAUUGUUUCAGGACCGAAAUAAUGUUCAUCACUAUGUCAGCAUGUGUUCGUUUCCAUUGGAAGCAUGGUCACCAUCAUCAACCCCAACUUAGAUCUCCUUAGUUUGUGUAACAAUUCUAGUAAUCUUCCUCAGAUGGAUGAUUAUUGUUCGGUAGAAAUUGUGGAGAUAAUGCCAAAAGCAAAUACAUCCCAAGGAUACUCGAAUAAUUCGAGAAAAGAUGGCUUACUCAUAACGUAAAUGUAAAUGCUCCCGUUGAUCACAAUUCUGUUUGAUUUGUUGGGGAAUGUUCUCCUGUCUUGUUCUCUUCAUUUCUUUCUCGUUUCAUCAGCAUGACUUACUCCAC